AUGACGGUUCUUCGCCCUAUCAGUGGAUUGGAUGUUGUUGGUGGUGGUGCUACGAGUGGAUGUUGUCGCUCAAAAUGUUCUUUUCCAUUGAAAGUUAUAGAACACAAGCCAUAUGAUCACAAGGCGGAUAUUUUUAGCUUUGGAGUUGUGUUAUUGGAGUUACUGACUGGAAAGCUUCCAUAUGAACACUUGACCCCAUUACAAGCAGCCGUCGGAGUUGCCCAAAAGGGCUUACGGCUGACCAUCCCAAUGAAUACUCCUCCCAAGCUUGCCGAGCUGCUCGAUAAAUGCUGGCAGCAAGAUCCAGUAUCAAGACCUGAUUUCUCAGAAAUCAUAGAGAUUCUGCAGGCAUUAGCCAAAGAGGUUGAUGACGGAGUGGAACGACACAAAUCAUCGGGAGGAUUUCUGUCCAUCCUGAGACGGGGGUCAUCACUAACCAAGGCAAGCAGAUGUUUUUUACCUAUCAAAAGGAAUUAGUGCAGUACAGGGAGUUCCCCAACCAUUUCACAU